AUGAAAGCAGCAGUUUUUAAACAUAAAGGACCUGAAAUUGAAAUAAAUUUAAUAAUGAGUGAUUCUUCAACUCCGAUAGUUAAAAAAGAAAAAAAGAGUAGCAAAUCCUCAUCUCUAUCAGAUAAAAAAAAAGAUCCAACUGUUCAAAUAACUAAAGUUUUAUCUAAAACUUCAAUUCAAGAGCAACAACCAACAUCCUCACCACAAAAAAGUGAAAAAAAAGAAUCAUCUAAAUCCAAACCAUCCUCCUCUUCCUCAUUAUAUACUUCACCAAUAUUACCCAAAGACCCAAUUAAAAUUUUAUCCAAGAAUUUAAAGUUUCAAAACUAUGAAUCUAUUUUAAAAAUUUUAAGUAAAAACAAUACAAAUUUUACGGUGGUUAGUAUUAUUGGUGGGCAAUCCGCAGGCAAAUCAACAAUUUUAUCAUCCUUAAUUAAGAGGUCAUUAAAUAAUCAGUUUCAAACACAACAAUUACAGCAACUACAACAGCAACAAUUACAACAAACACAACAGCAACCACAAACCAUCCCCACAUCAACCAAUUUAAAUACCUCUUCAAACCAAAAUACACCCCCACAACAACAAAUAAAUAAAAAUUCAGAUUUUAUAAACAACCUUACACUAUUUGAAAGUUUAACAGAUAGCAAUUUCGGAUUAGGUAAACAUCAAACUGUUGGUAUUGAUUUAUUUAUAUCGGAGGAAGAAAGAAUUAUUUAUUUAGAUACACAACCAUUGCAAAGCUUAUCAAUUAUGUGUGAAAUGAUUGAAGAGAAUCUCCAAAUACCAAACCAAUAUAGCUCUUAUGAACACUUUCAUCACAUGGAAUGCUUGAAAUUAGUGGUGUUCCUUUUAUCUGUUUGUAAUAUAGUUUUAGUUGUCCAAGAAAACAAAGAAUUAGAUAUACCGCUAUGUAAAUUAAUUAGAACUGCAUCAUUACUAUUGAAAAAUAAAACCCCUGAUGUUUCAAACCCUACACCAAAUGGCACCUUGCAUAAUUUUGAAAAUGAUAUUUUAGAAUCAACUGCAAGACAAAUUUUUAUAUUUAAUAAACUAACAGAUUUCGAUAUGAAUGAUACAUCAUUCGAUAAAACAUUAUCAGUCCUAUUUUCAAAUCCCAAAAAUCUAUAUCAGUCAUUUAUAUCAAACCUAUCCUCCUUUAACAAUAGCAAUCCAAAUAACACAAAUAAAAGCGCCACAUUGGGAAAUGAACAAACUAAUAAAAUAUUAUUGGAGAGCAAGUGCCAAUCAAUGACACAUUUUGAUAGCUUUUUCAUACCUGACAAAUAUAUGCAAGAAAUUUUACAUAAUGCAACUACAGAAAUUUUGGGUGUAAAUAGUUCAGAAAUGAUGACUCCAACCAACCCAUCAAAAAAAAGACCCCAACAAACAAAUACAAAACUUCAACCUACAUUUAAUGAAUCAAUUGAAUUUUUACAUAAACAUUUACUAUUACUCCGUUCAGAUUCAAAGUUUACACACGAUAUUACAGAGAGACAAUGGUUUGAAAACUCAAGUAAUCUUUGGAACUAUAUCCAAGAGUGUGAUUUAAUGGGUGAAUAUAAUAGCCAGCUUUUAAAAUCAAAAUACUAUCCAUUAAAUCAACAACAAAACCAACAAAACCAACAAAACCAACACCAUCACCAUAAUCAUCAUCAAAACCAGCGUGAUUACUCACAACAAUCGAAAAAACAACCAUAUUAA